AUGAUUAAUCAAUCAAAUUUUCACUUAAAAGUUUGUGAAAACGACGAUGAAAUUGAGAUGGAAAGAUCCUUUGAGGAAGUCCAACAAAUACUCGAAUUUCAUGAUGAACAACGAGAAACAGAUGAUUCAUCUGUGAUUGGACAAAUGUUGGGACAAAUGUUAUCAAAUGAUGUCAUUCAAUGUGUCCUCCUUGCCGUCAUCGCCGCUUUCUUUCUUCCCCUUGUUUAUGCUCAGAAUUUACAAAUCCAAGCGUGUUGCGGUGGGCAAGCUCAACUCGCUGAAUGCCAAAACUUUACCCGAGCUCAGGAUCUUCUCGGUGUCGCGUGUUGUGGCCUUCAACCAUACAAUGCUUUCACGAAAAUUUGUUGCAAUGGAGCUGUUCGCUAUCGUCAAACACCGGAUGGUCGCUACGCGGAGUUGUGCUGUGGGACGAGCACACUUGCCUACGAUCAAACGUGUUGCGAUGGAGUGGUUCACAACGUGGCCAGUGGUGACUGUUGUGGGGCGGUGGUUUACUCGAAAAGCGAUCCAAAUCUCAAAUGCUGCAAUGAGACGCUGGUCAGAUCAAAUUCACCGAAUGACAUUUGCUGUGGCUCCACAACGUUUGAUGGAGGACGAACGCAAAUGUGUUGUGGAGAAUCGGUCUUUCAACUGAGCGACUUUGACAGUUGUUGCGAAUCGCCGGAUGGAGAUUUUUCGCAAUACAACUCGGCUACGCAAUUCUGCUGUGGCACACCGCAGCAACGAAACGGCAACAUUGCUUGCUGUUAUCUCCGCCAAAAUGGGCAACUCAUUCAAGCGUCAUACGAUAAAACGACUCAAUGCUGUCAAUUUCCUUUUCAACUCAUCUCACCGAUGGUUAACAAUACGUGCAUU